CGGGCGCCGCCAUCUUAGCCAGGACGGAGGCCGCUCAGGGCCUCCCGCGGAGCACGCUCAGGAGCGCCGGAAGCGGAAGUACCGCCUUGUGGGCGGAAUUUGAAGAUCAGUGUAGAUGCCCAUGGCGGCGGUGGCGGCGCGAGAAUCGGACUCAGCAGAGCCUCCUGGCUCUGAGACACUCCUGGAUGAGGUGCUGCGGACCCUCUACGACUUGGGAGAAACUGAAGGUGAAGCAGAGCCUAAGAGGAUCAAGAAGAAGAGAGAAAAGAAGAAGGACGUGGAGAUGGGAGCAGAGGCUACAGCAGAGCUGCUCCCCCUGCCUGGAUCGCUCGCAAAGGGCCAGAGGAAGAGUGCUUCCAGCUUUUUCAAGGAACUCAGAGAAGAGCUACACUCUGCUUCCGCUGCCCCCUCAGCUCCCCAUUCAGGAGCAGAAGUCCCUGCUACUAACGCAGUGUCGCUCUCUGCCCCAAAGAACAACAGCAGGCUCGUGGAAGUGGUAGAGUUUCAAAGCAGAAGUAAAAGAAAACCAAAACCAGAUCAAGAUGAGCACGCAAAGGAUAAAGCAAGGGCCCUUGAAAAAGAUAUAGGUAUUCAAGAAUUUAACCUAGAAAAGGCUCGUUUGGAAGUACACCGCUUUGGGAUCACAGGCUAUGGCAAAGGAAAAGAGAGAGUCCUGGAACGUGAGCGAGCCAUCGUGCUGGGGGCUAAGGCUCCCAAAAGAAGUUACGUGAAUUACAAGGUUUUACAGCAACAAAUCAAAGAGAAAAGGAGAGCGCUUGAAGAAGAGGAGAGAUUGGCCCGGGACACAGACGUUUUCAAGAGAAAGAAGAGGAAAGUACAAGAGGACAGGAGAUCCAAGAAGUCGGCUCCCAGCAUUUUGUCAAAUGGAAAAGUUGGACAAGUUGGAAAAUUCAGAAAUGGGACAUUGAUUCUAAGCCACGCUGAUAUCAAGAAAAUAAAUUCUUCCAGGGUACCGAAAUGAUGAACUUUGUCAGCUCUGGAGAGGAGUAGGAACCGCGACAGUGCUAACACAGGACCGCUGAACUGCAGACCGCACUUUCAUGUCCCUCGGGGUCUCUUCAGUGAGAAGCAAGACUGAUAAACAGGGUGGUGACCUGCUGAGUGCCGGCCAGGCCCGGGCUCCACUCGGAUUUCUGGUUGCUAGCGUCAGCACACUUGGUUCCAGUCCUCCUUUUCAUAGUGUGUGAUUGCCGUUACAGUGCCUUUUGGACUUCUGAUGACAGUGUUACUAUAUCAUGAAAGAACUAAGAACUCUUGUCAUCUUUUGGUUUUCUGGAAAAGCAGUUCUAUUGUCGACCUACUUUGUGUAAGAUCCAUUUUGUAAGAAUUUUCAAAAAUACACAUCUAUAGAAUGA